CUCUGCCAGGAAGAAGAAUACUGAAGCGGUGGUUUAGUGUAGCCUGUGAGUCUCGCUGGUUUUGGACUUUUAUAUCACAUUUAAAAUGGCAGCUGUUAGUCCACCACACACUCAAUGGGGACCUGGUACCACAUGUAUAGCUAAAUAUAACUUCCUAGGCUCAACACCUCAUGAUUUACCAUUGAGAAGAGGUGAUAAGAUAAUCAUUCUCAAAACAACAAAGGCAAGUCUAGUAAAUAGUUUGUGAUAACUUAUUCUUAGUGAUCUUAGGAUCCCAACUGGUUCCUAGCUAGGAAAGUUAGUGAUGGACAGGAGGGGAUGGUUCCAUUCAACUAUAUAAAGGAAAAUAUUGAUGAACAGGAAAUAUCAUCAUCAUCCCCUGUUGUUGAAACUGGAUCAUCUCAGGAACAGCACAAAGUCAAAGAAGCAGUUGAGCUACAUGCAAUGCCUUGGUUUCAUGGCAAAAUGUCAAGGCAAGAAGCAGAGAAUGUACUUAACCCUACAAAGGAUGGUCUCUUUUUAGUGAGAGAGAGUUCAUUCUUUGCUGGUGACUAUAUACUGUGUGUUUGUUAUAAAGGUAAGGUUGGACACUGUAGAAUUACGAGAACUGAUAAAAAUUUGGUGACUCUUAAUGGUAAAGAAUACUUUGAAAAUUUAAUAUCACUAGUUGAACAUCACCAGAAGGAUGCUGGUGGUCUCCCCUGUACAUUAAAAUACAGUGCUGAAAAGAAGUGGAAUAUUGGUAUCAGUGAUUUCAAAAAACAUGCUGUAGGAAAGUGGAUGGAGGAAGGGAGUGUUGAUCUAACUGUUACUCGUGUUAAUAUGCUUGGUGUUCCUGGAGCUGGUAAAACCUGUUCACUGCGCCUCCUACUAAAUGAAGACCCACCCACUAAUGACACCAGUACUCCAAUUGCCUGCCCUGCCGUUAGAGCUACAAGAGUUGCUGUCUCUGAUAAAAUGAUUUGGAAUCGAGUGACUCCGGCCAAAUUACUUGACAAAUUAGCAGCCAAUUUGGCUGCGGUAGCUGUAAAUUUAGAGCAAGAAAAAAUAGAAGAACCUCCCAGUUCUGUAGUCCUCUCAUUUCCAGAUAAUGCUCAGUCAUCAGGAGAAGUAUCAUCAGAUCCAUCUUCUACUUCAUCAAAGGAAAACUCUCCUCAGUAUCAUGAUGAAGCAUUCAUUCAAGAAAUUUUAGAAAUUUUAGCCACUCAACCAAAAGAGAUUCAUAUAAGUGAUCAUUGGCUGUACGUCAUUGAUUCCGGUGGUCAGCCAGCAUACCAGGAGUUACUGCCUUUAUUCACUAGAGCAGCUUCUCUCAAUAUCAUAGCACUGGAUCUAUCUAAGCCUUUCAAUGAGAGGUUUGAUCUGAUGUACAGGAUCGAUGGAAAAUACUUCCCAUGCCACUCCAAGUCAACUCAGUUAGCAUUCUUCCAGUCUGCAGUUUCCACUGGAGCUAGUUUUAAGCCUCUUGAUAUUUCCUGCAUCUCCAAGAAACCGACACACUCCAUGCAUCUUGUAUUGGGAACGCAUUAUGACAAGGUGAGCAAUGCUACUCUUAAAGAAAAGGAAGAGAUUCUAAUGUCUUCAAUGUCUUCGUUGGAACCUUACUUACAAGAAUGCAUCAUUCACCAAUCUGAUGAUUAUGUUAUUUUUCCUGUCAAUACGGUUACUACAUCAGAAGAAAGAGCUAAAUACAGUGAAGAGAUUUGCAAUGCAAUAUGGUUUGAUGGUUCUGCUGCUUCACUGGAAAUUAAAAUACCAAUUCGAUGGUUUGCAUUUGAAUUGUCUUUGCCUGAGCAGAGUAUUGUAUCAGUUAAGGAAGCUUUAUCUAUUGGAGAAAGAUAUGGGAUGAAUGAGGAAGAUAGUAAACAAGCUUUGAAAUAUUUCCAUGAUGUCAGUCUCAUGUUAUAUUAUCCAGAAGUUACAGAUAUCAUCUUUAUCGAUUCUAAGCCAAUCAUUGAGAUUCUCUCACAAUUAUUAGCUCUCACGUAUGUUGAUGAUAGAAAUGCCCGAGCAUUAGUUUUAAUCAAACCACUUUCUCGACCCAUCAUGAAUAAUCUCAAGGAAGGAUUUUUCAAUAAGAACAUUUUUGAUCACUUGAAAUCAAGGUCUGUUGUAUUUUCCCUGCCAGAAUUCCAAUUGUCUGACCUAAUCAGACUCCUCCUUCAUCUUAACAUCAUCACAGAACUAGAAGAUGAACCAAAGGGACACUACUUCAUUCCUUAUGCUCUUCCUUCAUACAAUGAACCAGUUUCAAUUAAAGAGACUAAUGCUAAGCCACUUCUAUUAGUCUGGAGGGAAGAGGAGAGUGAAGAGAUCCUACCAGUUCCUACAGGAUUGUUCCCUUUAACCAUCGUACACCUACUCAACCAGAAAGAAUACAUUACUAAAAUCUCUCCAUCGACACCAGCUUAUUUCAAAUUUCGAGAUGCGAUGUCCCUCAAGAUAACCUUCACACAAAAGCACACACUUCACCUCAUCAACCGUUACACUCAUAUUGAAGUGUACUUCACUGGUCCUACCCAGCACUGUCCAUUAGUACGUAAGCUACUCACAACAGCUAUUGAUAAUAGCAGUGAUGCCAUGCACCUUAAGCAUAAUUACAUCAAUGCAUUUGCUUGCCCUUACAAUGAGAGCUGCUAUUGUAUUGUAAAUGAAGAUCACCAUAAAGUAGCUGAUUGUACAGUUUGUGGUGAAUCUCCUGCUCUUAGCAAUGACUACUGGACCUGGUUUAAUGACGCACAAGGACCUGCUGAGAGUAACAAUGGAACACAAAUAAAACAAGUUAAUAAUCAGUCAUCAGAUGAAAACAUUAAGGACAAGGAGCCUAAAUUAAAGGACCUCCAUAGGCUUUUUGAUAGUUCUGCUGCUCAUUAUUUAACUAUUGGUACUGCACUUGAAGUUGAAGUGGACGACUUACUGCAUAGUCCAUUGUCAGCCUCUGAUAAGCUAAUGGCAGUAUUCAAGAGAUGGAUAGAGUCCAAUAAAGGAGUGACCUGGAGGAACGCACUACAAGUUUGUGAAGAUUAUCCUGAAAAAUUUGGAAAAGUAAAAAGUGAUGUUGAAGGAUUCCUUUCAUCAAACAGAGCUUGUGACAAUUGUGAGAAAUAAUAAAAUGAUUAUUAUACAUUGCCUGUGCUUAUUAAAAAUUGUAAUGCAUUGCAUUUUUCUGUAAGUGUCAUUAUAAUAGUACGUUGAACAUUAAAAAUUAAUUUUGAUUAUCAAUAAUUAUUGUUCCUUUUUGUAACAAGUAUUUUUAUCAACUUGUAAUGCCAGC